AGAACGCCAGACAGACAGGUGGGUUGUUUUAACUUCAGGAGUGGAAAAAAAUAGAUUGAAGGGAGUUGGAUGGAAAUUAUUAUUUUCCAAAAAAUAAUUGGGGAGCUAAGGCGGUGGGGUUAAGUUUCACCAUGACCAGGGUUGUCCAAAGGAUGUUGCUAGCAAACACAUGCCGAUAGCAACAGACAUCCACUACAAUCCAAUCGGAGACUUUACUCCAUCAUUUGCCUUGCUUAUUUACAGUUCACUGAAUGAUCAAUUAAUAAGCGUGUUUGGUAUCAAAUCUGAAAACUCACAGCAGUCCUUUGUUCUGAGCGACCAGAGAGACUCAUGAACCAAAGCAAAACAUGGGAACAUCGACUUUUAUCCACUGCUGAACUUAAUCAACCCCGUACCUCUCUGUGUCUCUCAGCCCCCCCUCUGUGUCUCUCAGACUGUGUCCCAGGGGCCAAAACACACUGAUCCUCUCAGAUACAGAGGAAAACAUAAAAAAUACACUUACACUUCUCUAGAACAUAAAACAUUGAACCUGAUUGAAAUGACACCAACUAGACACCCUCCUGAACACGAGGAAUACAACGUCAUCAUGUUCCUCCAGCCCUGUCUGCUAUAGUUGGAGCAAUGGCCAGCGCAGGAAGGAGUCCAUUCCUUUGUCCAGUCUCAGUAAGCUGAUAGCAGAGAGCCUCCCAGUUCCAUGAAAGCAUACUCUUUCUCCCCUGGCUGUGACGUCACCGCCUGAAGCUCUGCCCCUUUUACCUGACCUACCUAUAAAGUUAGCACAGUGAACUCCAGCAUGCAGAUCAUGGACAGCGCACGGACAAAACCAGGCUUCCCUCUCUACUAGCUGACUCGUCGGUUGCUCCCCCACCCACCACCACCACCUCCACCACCACCACCACCGCCACCACCACCGCCUCCACCACCGCCUCCACCACCACCACCACCUCCACCACCACCACCGCCUCCACCACCGGCACUCGACACAUCAGACCCAUCGGAGACCAGGCAGACCAGACGCCAUGUCGGCAGGCCUGGAGCUGAUCGGGAUCGCCCUGUGCAUCCUGGGAUGGGUCAUCGCCAUCGUGUCGUGCGCGCUGCCCAUGUGGCGCGUGACGGCCUUCAUCGGCAGCAACAUCGUGACGGCGCAGAUCAUCUGGGAGGGCCUGUGGAUGACCUGCGUGGUGCAGAGCACGGGCCAGAUGCAGUGCAAGGUCUACGACUCCAUGCUGGCUCUGUCCCAGGACCUGCAGGCGGCCCGCGCCCUCACCAUCAUCGCCAUCCUGGUGGCCAUCCUGGCCGUGCUCAUCGGCAUCGCCGGCGCCAAGUGCACCAACUGCAUCGAGGACGAGGCGUCCAAGAGCAAGGUGAUGAUCGUCUCCGGGGUUUUCUUCAUCGUGUCGGGCGUGAUGCAGCUCAUCCCCGUGUCGUGGUCGGCCAACACCAUCAUCAGGGACUUCUACAACCCGCUGAUCACCGACGCGCAGCGCCGGGAGCUGGGUGCCGCGCUGUACAUCGGCUGGGCGGCCGCCGCCAUGCUGAUACUGGGGGGGGCGCUGCUGUGCUGCACCUGCCCCCCCGCGGAGACCCGGUACAACCCGUCGCGCAUGGCCUACUCGGCGCCGCGCUCCGCCCCGGCGCCCGGCUUCGAGAGGAAGGACUACGUGUGAAGACGGUGAUUUCAGUUGUGUUGUGGUUGUUGUGGUUGUGGUUUAAAGAGACUAUUGGGUGGAUGAGGGAGGAGGGACAGACUGGUCCAGUGUGGACCAGGGAAGACUCCGAGAGGGCGCCAAGAUGAAGGAUGGGCUCGGUGUUGACGGUUUGAACGGUUAGGAAUGUCUGCAAUCGCUAUGAUGUUUGGCCCCGGGCCGAAACUAUGCUCUUCAUUUUUGACAGGAGCAAAACAAAAUGUUUGCUGCAACUUUGCUGCUUCUUUUUUGAUGACAAAAAACGUUAUGAAGUUUUUGUUUAUUUUCAGUCAAAAGUAUUGCAUUUAUAUCACAAACAGAGAACAUAAAUAACCUCGAUUUCUUUCAGUAUCAAAAACAAAAUCAGAAAAGUGUUUUUUAUGAUGUUACCGUGACUUUUCACAGCUACUCGUUGUAAUGUGUGUUGCUAAAUUAAUGUUCUGUGAGUCUGUAAAUACUUUUUAAAGAUGUUUUUUUUUUUACCUUGUCCCAUCGUCCAGGAAACUCAACCAGGGUAAUAGAGAUGUGUACGUAUGGAUUCAUAUAAUAUUAGUGGACGGGUGACUUGAUGAUCGACCUACCAAUGUCUGUGUCGGUGCCCCAGGAGAGGGGGGGGGGGGGGGGGGGAAUAUGUGUGUGUAUAUGUGUAUCUGUACAAAUGCAAAACUCAUGAGUCGUUUCCAUCAAUAAAUACUGUUGUGAUUUUUUAAAAAGAGA